AUCCACUAUUGGUCAAUGCUUAUUAAAGACUUUGUCCACCCUGGACUGGAUGUCUAAAUAUCUGGAAAAUAGCUGGCUUCCUGUAGUACACUACAUAUGAUUUGGAAGCUAUUAUUCACAUUAAAAGUAGUGCACUUCUGUAGGGAGUGAUGUUUAGCUGAUCAGCACUCAGAGUUGUUGUAUUUAUGGCUCAGAGCUUCUGUGUUUGAGGGCAUUGACAGGUUAAAGGUCGCUGAUAUGAAAUAGAUAUGAAAUAGAGGGAAGGAGCUACAGGUUGAGUCAAAGGGAAUUUUCAAACUGUAGCACAAGGAAAAUGGCUGAGGCCUUUAUCCCAGUAGCUCAGGAUCAGUUCAGCUGUCCAGUGUGUCUGGAUCUCCUGAAGGAUCCGGUGGCUAUCCCCUGUGGUCACAGUUACUGUAAGGUGUGUAUUAAUGACUGCUGGGAUCAGGAGGAUGAGAAGGGAGUCUACAGCUGUCCUCAGUGCAGAGACACUUUCACUCCCAGGCCUAUUCUACGCAGAAACAACAUGCUGGCUGAAGUGGUGGAGAAACUGAAGACUGAAGUUCAAGCUGCUUCUCCUGCUCACUGUUACGCUGGACCUGGAGAUGUGGAGUGUGAUUUCUGCACCGGGAGAAAACACAAAGCCGUCAAGUCCUGUCUGAUCUGUUUGACCUCCUUUUGUGAAACUCACCUUAAACCUCAUCUUGAACUUCCUGCUUUGAAAAACCACACCUUACUCGAGGCAUCCUCACAACUCAAAGAGAAGAUCUGCUCUCAACAUGACAAACUGAUGGAGAUCUACUGUCGUACUGACCAAACGUGCAUUUGUUCUUUGUGCAUGUUGGAUAAUCACAAAGGCCACGACGCUGUAUCACUUUCAGCAGAGAGAACUGAGAAACAGAGGGAGCUAAAGGAGGAGCAGCUGAAAUCCCAGCAGAGAAUCCAGGAGAAGCAGAAGAAGGUGCAGGAGCUGAAACAGGCUGUGAACAUGAUUAAGUCCCGUGCUCAGACAGCAGUGGAGGACAGUGAGAUUAUCUUUACUGAGAUGAUCAGCUUCAUGGAGAAAAAGCGCUUGGAGGUGACGGAGCUGAUCAGAGCUCAGGAGAAGGCUGAACUGCGUCGAGCUGAACGACUCCUGGAGCAACUGGAGCAGGAGAUCACUGAUCUUAAGAGGAGAGUCACUGAGCUGGAGCAGCUUUCACACACACAAGAUCACAUCCACUUCCUCCAGAGAUUCCAGUCUCUCUGUGUCUCUUCCGGACGUGAGGACUCACCCAGCAUCACUGUCCAUCAACAGCUCUCAUUUGAUGGCGUGAGGAAUUCACUCUUGAACCUGAAAAAGCGAUUCGAGGAAUUCUGUGAGGAGGAAUUGAAAGAAAUCCCUCCACAUGCUGCAGCAGUUCAGAAGAUUUCACCCUCAGAGCCAACGAGCAGAGAAGAUUUUCUGAAAUAUUUCUGUUAUCUGACUCUGGAUCCCAACACCACACAUCAUUACCUUCAUCUGUCUGAGAAGAACAGAGUGGUGACAUACAAUGUGAGACAGUCGUACUCUGAUCAUCCAGAGAGAUUCGACUCCUAUAUUCAGGUGUUGUGUAAGGAGAGUGUGUGUGGACGCUGUUACUGGGAGGUGGAGUGGAGCGGUGUUGGAGGUGUGUACAUCUCAGUCUCCUAUAAAGAGAUCAAGAGGAAAGGAGCAGGUAGAAAGUGUGGGCUUGGACGAAACAGUCAGUCCUGGACUCUGUGCUGUUCUUCUUCCUCUCUCUCUUUCUAUCACAAUGACAUUAAAACUGAGCUCGGAGUUCCAUCAUCCUCCAGAAUAGGAGUGUAUGUGGAUCACAGUGCAGGAAGUCUGUCCUUCUACAGUGUCUCUGACACGAUGAGGCUCAUCCACAGAGUCCACACCACAUUCACUCAGCCUCUAUAUGCUGGGUUUAAAGUUUAUAGAGGAACUGUAUGGUUAUGUGACGCAAAAUAACAGUAGAUGAAAAAUUCCUGCUCAUUUCCUCAUUGUUCCUCAGUUGUGAUAAAACUUUAACAUUAAAACAGUAAAGGUUAAAACACUGGGUUUAGACUCGGUCUGGGAUCAUCAGCUACACUGUUGUACACAAUAUAACUAUUAAAAAUGCGAACACUUUCUUUAACUCUGCUAUGAGUUAAAAGCAUCACAAGAGAUCUUAUAUAAAAGUUUAAAUAAUUUCAGUGGCAUUACUCCUGUUUUUU